CUUCGGACUUCCGGUCCCUCUGGCUUUCUCAUUCUCUUGGAAAAUAAAUAAAUAAAUAAAAGCCCCAGAGUCCAGAGAGAUGUGCACUUCUCCCCUUCAAAUUCACUGAGAAAACUAUUCCUCAACGGCUCAACCAACACAGCGUCGUUUCCUUAGUCCUUAAUGCCGUGGUUCACCCAACGAUUUCUUCUUGUCUCUCCUUUCUCAUUGUCACAGAGACGGACUCGGAGAGUCACGGCCGUUGCUUAGCCUCUCUUUCUUCGAUUCUUCCUUUCCUCCUCUUUCCCUGACUUUUUUUUUUUUUUUUUCUAUUUCUUUUUCUAUCGCUCUCUAUUUCGCUUUUAUUCAUCGAUUUCAUUAUUCCGUUUAAACUCUGUGGCUGCCAUCGAAGUUUAGUUUCAAGUCUGUGAUAUUAGUUCGUGGGAUUUCUGCAACUACCAAAGAAUUAAACCCUAUUUUUUCUCUGGGUGAUUCUGGAAAACGGCGCAACUUCGAAUUCUGUCUCCUCAGAUUUCAUUCUUUGCUCUCCCAAACAGUUCAAAACCGAAUUGACUGUUCCCACAACCUUUGGGAAACCUUCUCUUUACUUUCCCGGAAACUACAAAUUUGCUCGCAAUCCAAAUGCAAGACAGACGCCUCUAGAAUCUUUGUGGUCAUGCCUUGCAACCGCUGCGGACACAGAUCCCUAAUCCGUGACGACGUCACUGGCUUACUGGUUUGUGAGUCAUGCGGUGCCGUCCAAGAAUUCGACAACUACGAAGCUCGCACCGGCGGUGUCAGUGGUCCAGAAGGCGUGUUUAUCCGUGUCGGCACUUCAGGUGCUGGUAGUGUCUUAAAUUACCGAGACAAAAAAAUCUUUGAAGCAAAUAAACUUAUCGAUGAAAUAACCUUCAAGUUGGAUUUAGUAGGCCAAAAAGUUAGCGAAAUCAAAUCCAUGAUUGAUAAAAUCACAGAAGGUGAGUUUGGGCAAGGCGAUUGGUUCCCAGUUUUGAUAGGUGCCUGUGCUUAUGUUGUAGUCAGGAGAGAUAACAAGUCUUUAUCUAUUGCAGAGAUUGGUAAUGUAAUUGGUUGUGAUGUUCAUGAAUUGGGUAGAAUGAUAAUGCGGGUUGUUGAUCAUUUGAAUAUAAAGUUGCCUGAGUUUGAUAUAGUUAGCUCAUUUGAGAAGGUAGUGAGAAAUUUGUCGAAUGCAGGGAGGAUUGAGAGCAAUAAAGUUGAGAGAAUGCAAGAACAAGGUGUGUUUUUGAUACAGUGUGCAAUAAAAUGGUUUUUAUCCACAGGGCGAAGGCCAUCACCAAUUGUGGCAGCAGUUCUGGUGUUGGUGGCAGAGUUGAAUGGGGUUGAGGGUUUGAAGAUUGAGGAAGUGGCAAGGGAGGUGCACGCAGCAGUGUCCACUUGUAGAUUGAGGUAUAGGGAAUUGUUAGAGGUGCUUGUGAAAGUGGCAGAGGCAUUACCAUGGGGGAAAGAUGUGACAAUGAAGAACAUUGUGAAAAAUGUCCCUUUUGUGAUUCGUUAUAUGGAGAUGAAGUCAAUGGCAAAGUGUGGUAGGGAGGGGGCCAGUUUGGAGUGUGUUGGAUUUGAUUUGGGGGAGGUGGUUAGCCACUGUUUGAGAAAGGAUAUUGAAUAUGGUGUUGAAGAGGAUCGUGCGGAGUAUGAUGAUUCUCAGUAUUUUGAGCUCAAAAAUGGCAGUGGCGUGAAUAAAAUGGGCGAUGGUGAUGUGGGUAAGCUUCAGCUUUCACAUGAGUGCUUGUCCAUGGUUUAUAACAAGUUCUUGAAGGAGGGUGGCAGUGGUAAGUAUGCAAUAGAAAAUGGAGGUGUUCAUAGGAGGAAAAGCAAUAUGGGGCUUGAGCUUCAUCCAACAGAAUGGUGGAAUGGGAAAUCAGAAUUGAGCAAGAAGCUUUUGUUGAAGCAAAUAUUGGAAAAAGAUGUGGGAUUAAAUCCUAUGCCUCCAUCUUUUGUUAAUGGUCAUUUGGCAGUUAAGAGGAGGAGAGCAAGGAUAAAUGCUGCAAGGUUGCGCAUUGAAAAGAUUAUGCAUCCAUGGAAUGCUAAUUCAGGUGAUGGUAGUGACCUUUGUGUUCUGGAAGAUUCACAUACUCGGAAGAGGAAAAGGAAAACAAGGGCAAAAGGAAUUGAUUGGGAAGAUUUUGUAAUUGAGACCCUCCUUCUUCAUCAGGUGAAAGAGGAGGAAAUUGAGAAGGGACACUACAAUACCUUGUUGGACUUGCAUGUGUUCAAUUAAGAGGCAGAACUAUUAAAUUAUCUAAUUUUUGUCUUUGGAGCUUCAUCAUCAUAGAAAAUUUCAACAAAACACUUGUAACAAGGGAAUUUAUGUUUUCCUGAGCAGAUAUUUUGUUUAUCAUUAUACAACAACAUUAAGCAUAAUGUUAUUUUAAAAAAAAAAUGUUCAAUGUUU